AUGGAGGGAACUGAGCCCCAGGAGAUCUCCCGGCUCUUGGAGGCGCUCAGAGUGCCGCGGGAGCUCACGAGGUCCUACGCGAGCAGCCAGGAGCGAGACGGUGCCAGGGCCGAGUUCCUGGCGUCGUCGCGCGAGGCGCUGGUCGCCCUGAGAACAGCGCUUGUGUCUGGGAAAUGGGAGGAGCCUCGCGAGAGAGAGGUGAUCUCUACGCUCGCUACUUUUGCUUGUGGCGAAGUGGAGUGGACGACGGACGAGCUCGGGGAGAUCGCAGUGAGUGCGAUCGAUUGUCUCGGCUCGUCUAGGCAGCAGCUGGUUUUGGAUCACUUGCGAGAACUUUUGCUGGAGAUCCACGCAAGUUUGAGGCAUGGAACAAGAGAGGCCACUGCUCAAAGCUUGUAUGAAGAAGGGCAUUCUUCUCACGACGCUUCAAAUGACAUCGUUCUGGCGCAUCAAAUGUCUUGGAUACUUUCGCAGAUUGGCCAUCCUCAUCUCGGCAAGCACUGCCAGAUUAUCAUGCCCUGUGUUCUCACAGCUUUAGAUCACUACUCACCUCCAAUCAAGCGCCAAGGAUUGGAAUGCUGUCUCCAUUUGGAGCAGGGCAUGAACUCCACCGAGCUGAGGUGGUACAAAGACGUUCUACUCGAUGCCGUAUGUCAAAACAUCGCUGGAUGCGACGAGUUGUGGCCGCUGGUCGUCAAAACUGCUGUUCGCCUUGUGACGCGUAUAGAAGGACGGAAUGCCCGCUCGCCUUGGUACAGGAAAAUCCUGGCUGAGAUGCUGGGUGAGCUUGAGAGGCAUCCGGACGACAAGGAGAAACCGAAUGUGUUCCUCCAAGAGAUCGGACCUCAACUCAAGGCGAUGGGCCUUGUGUUGGUCGCUCUCUUCAAGAGACUGUUCGCUCUUCUCUUCUACUGGCUUGACACUGGAGACAAAAGGACGUCCAUUCUGGUUCUUUCUUGCUUGCGGGCUGUGAUUACUCACACUUGGAUCCGAAUACCGCAUCUUGCAAACAGUAUCUGGGAGCAGGCCGUGAAGCUGCAUUGUAAAGUCGCGGACUUGGAAGUACGCGCGGCUGUUGCCGAGACGGCGUGCUAUCUAAUUGAGUGCGUUGGUCCGGAGAUUUUGGAGACUCACCAGGACGACGUAGAAUUGGUGGCUGCAGUAAAAUCUAUAAAAGCUUAUGAAGCCCAAACUCCCAAAACUUAACUAAAAGUGAGCGCCAAAUUUCCUUUUAGGUCGAAAGCCACCACCUUUCAUUUCAAUGCACCACGACCGUUGACGGCACGAGCGUUCUAGACACUCCUCGGAUGCUUCCAUGAAUUAUAAACAAUCAAUCACGGCCAGCUGGAAAACAGAAGGUAAACCCUCUAGCAAGUUUCCGGGGAAUAUUUCCGAACAAGCUCACUAGGGCUGGAGCAAACAGAGCGAUCAGGAUCCAAAGAGCAACUCAUCCAUGGGUCGGGAGCAGCGGCGGCAACGAAAGCGCGGGCAUGUCAAGGCGGCUAUCUUUUCGUCACUCCUCCAAUCUGUUUGCUCGCUCUGUUCCCAGGUCAAGGAAUCCAUCGCCGCCAGCGAUUGCUCCGGCUCCUUUCGAGCUCUCUCCUUUUCCUCCAGCAAAUGUUGCAGCUCUAGAUCGGGAGAUCUGGGCGAGGAUGAAGAUCAUAGCAGCAGAUUGAUCGGAUGACCGAACGGCGGCUUAGUCAACCUAGUGAGAAAGACUAAAGCAUAUCUGAAAGAGUCGUCUCGCAUUAGAUGACGAGUCAAUGUGUCAGAUUUGUCUAGAAGCCUGGAGUUUAAGUCAACAACUGCCAAGAUUUCCAA